UGAGAAUUACACCUAAGCUUAAUCAGAUGGAACAUUUCAACACGACAGCCAAAUCGUAUGUGAUGCACUGUCGUGACAAGCUCUCCAAAGACUGAUGAGAAAGAGGUCUAAUAGUGUGUUUGGUACCAUGACUAAGGACUGAUAUUUGAGGGAGAGGAGAGAGAGAGAGAGGCAGAUUUUAGUGCUGAGUCACAGCAAGACUGCUGCUGCUGCAGCACCCUCCCCCACACUGAACCACACAACCUGGCUGACUGGCUUCAUCUCUCUUCCUGCCCACUUUCUCUUCAUACACACAUAUACAGUACACACUAUCCCCCUCUGCACAUCCCAUGGAGUGUGUUCCGUCUCUGCUCUCCUCAUCAUUAAUGCCAUAUUUCCAUCUCUGUAGGUUUUGUCCUUUCUGGUACAUUCACACCUCCUUUUCUGAUUUUAGCCUGUGCCUAUUGUUUUUUUUUUCGCCUUGUCACUCUUUCACAGCUCACCCCCAUCACCCCCCAGCCUCCCACCUUCCCUGUGAAGUUUAAUUAAUAAUGAAAUCAGUCAGAGUGGGAGAGGGAGAUCAGAGUGCGCAAGCUUGUCUGCUACAGGGUUGAUCAUGCUGCAGCUAAUCUGCCUCUCCACUUGCUGUGUUUUGCUCUUUGACCGUCAGACGAAUCACCGCUGAAGCCAAGCUCUCCAUCCCCUGAGUUCCCCAGACACUUACACACUCUUCACACACUUCACACACAUACACACAUACACAACACCAAUUUGACUUCAAAGGCCUCUUCUGAAAAGUUAGACAUUGUCAUUAAUCUCUGCAAAAAGUGAGAAUACAGCACGCAUUAAUGGAUGAAAAGAGAAGGGAAGAAAGGAUGAGCAGACUUCUUUCUCAAUGAAAAAGAACUCAGCUCACCAUUGUAAGCCAUUGUAAAGCAUCAUUACCAUUGUAAGGCAUCAUAUUUGGCUCAAAUGCUAAAUGACAGUGACCAACUCACUCCCAAAUCCACAUACUGGAGAACUAAGAACGUGCGGUGUUAAGACUUCAUCGAAUUCUUCAAUCUGGAGCUACUCUGUGGAGGAUAAAAUGUGACAGAUAAGCAGCAGCAGUGCCAUGGGGAUGUUUCUGGCAAUAAGCUGACAAUGCCUGGUUUAGACUGCUGAUAACCCUGUUAGACAAAAGAUUAUAUUAAUUUAAAAUUCUCACAGUAAUAUUAGAAUAGCAUAUAAAAUUGGAUUAACCUGAAUCAAGUCAGUAACAUUCUCUCACAAUUCUGAUACUCUGGGAGAAAGAAAGGGUGAAUAUGCAGUCAUUGGACUACAUAUUUAAUGUAAAACAAAUAGGUCUAUUAAAAAUCCUGGAUGGCAUGCAUAUGGCAUGAGUGUAGAAAAUCAAUGUAAAGCUCAAAAGAAUGAACAUGUGCAAGAUUGAGUAAAUAAGUCAACUAGUGGAUGUUAUAUUUACAGUAGCAUGACAUACUAAUGUAUCACACAUGAAAAGAGUAAUGUUAAAAAGGUUUUGAUAUAUUAGAUCCAACUGGGAUUGGAAUGAUUAUCAAACUCCACCACAAUACAUGAAAACAGUCUGUAAAACCUGCAGCAAUGCAGUUCUUUGUUUAGUUGUGAUUUUAUUCAUCACGUCUUUAUUUAACACAUUCUUAAUCUUAUUAACCACUGAACAGCUGUGGUAAGUCAUCUUGACUUGAAGAGCUGUUAACUGUAAACACAUUUCAUCAGUCUGGGUUUCAGUGAAGAGUUUCAUUGUCUCUUAAUGAUUUAAAUGCUAUCUCAGAGGCAUUUUCCUCUAAUAGUGUAACUUUAUAGGGUUCUCUGGCCAUAUAUAAUAGGCAAAGGCAUACUGAAUACAAUCAAAAGAGACAGAGUUGAACAACAAAAUCAUUUAUAUGAACUACAAAAGCUUUACAGCUUUUUGUAGUCAUGCUAGUGGUGUGGCUAUUAUAAUAAUAUAUUAAUCUGCUCUUUCAGUCCGUCCAUCACUUUAGUCUAGACUGAAAUAUCUCAACAACAAUUUGAUUGAUUACCUUUAAUUUUGGUACAAACAUUCAUGGUCCCCAAAGGAUUAAUCCAAAUGACUUUGCUGAUCCCCUGACCUUUCGUCCAGCGCAACCAUGAGGUAAACAUUUGUGGUGUUGAGUCAAAUAUCUAAAAAAAUAUUGGAUUCUCCUCAGGAUGAAUUUCUUAUAACUUUGCUGAUCCCUUUGCUUUUCAUCAGGUCAAACUUUCUAAUUAAUCACAUACUUUGUUUUAUGACCAAAUACCAGUUAAACAUUCCAAUCAGCCUCAGCUGUACUUUGUGUUUAGUGCUAGUUAGCAAAUCUUAGCAUUCUAAUACUAUAAACUUACACAUUGCUGUUCAUAUUAGACCCCGUUUGAUGAAUGGGUGAGCUAAUAAACCCCAUCUGAGUACAUGUUUACUCUUAGCCAUGAUGUCAUAUCAAAGCCCAUCAGAGACUCCCUAUGAUAUUGCCUGUGAAGAUUCUCAGCCAUCCAGGUCAUAUUAUCCAAAGUGGGUUAAAAUCAAAGGCAACUGGACUUGGUUGAAGAUACUCAAAGACUUUUCGCCUCUCAUCCAAGUGGCUUUCUCAGUUCAUGAAUGAAAGAAGCUUCUUGGAUGAGAGGUGUCAAGUUGCCCUUGAUUUUAACCCAGCUUGGAUAAGCCCAUGAUGUUCCUUUCCUAAUAAGAACCAUCAUCCUUUCAAUGUAAUAAUGGUGAAAUUGCUAAAUGUGUUAUUCUACUGGGAACCCCCUGACCUGCCUCAGGGACCCUUAGAGGCCUGUGGACCUCAGUUUGAAAACUCCUACUACUCUAACCUGAUCCUUCGUGCUUUCUGUUGUCUGCCUUCAAACAGAACCACCUCCAUCCAUUCCUAAUUUGGUUCGUUACACUAAUGUAAUGUUGUUUUAGAGGAGAGUGAAUGAAUGAGGGACAUGUUGAUUCAUUCUCCUCACUUUCUCCACACGCACACAUCUGAGCACACCUAGAACACCAUACACACUCAUACCCCCUCGCAGACAUACAUGAAGUCAGUACACACACCCUCCUCUCUUUUCUUCUCCUCUGGCUCUCCUCUCCAAGUGGAUUUUUCAUUCAGAGUUAUCAUUAUCAUUAAUUUAGGAGACAGGUUCGCUUCAGAGCAAUUGAAGACACAUUUGUUACAGUGCCAAGCAGAGGCAGCAGCUGGAGGAGAAGAGUGGGGGGAUAUUCCCAUGCUGCUGAGCCCAUAGACACUUCAGCGUGGAUGCGCUGAGAAAACAUCAAUUGGCCUGCUUAUAUAUCUAUUAAAAGCUGGUGCUGACGUCAAAAGUGUCCGCCAUCUUUGACUAGAGCUGCACUGCUUUACCCCAUUGAAGAAGGAGUGAGGAGGAAUCAGCGAACGCGCAGUGCCUUUGCAGCAUCCCAGUCAUAGAGAGAGAGGCUGGUAUCGGUUAGCUGUUGAAAUACGCAGACAUUUCCUCCCAUACUGACUGCGGGGCACCGACAACAGGCACAGCCCUCCCUGAACUUCCAAUAGGAUCUUCUCUUUUUCCCUGUUGGAGACCUUCUCCACCCCCCACAUCCAGCAGCCAUGGCAGAUGACGCGGACAUGCGCAAUGAGCUGUCAGACAUGCAGCAACGCGCCGACCAGCUGGCCGAUGAGUCACUGGAGAGCACUCGUCGUAUGCUGCAGUUGGUGGAAGAGAGCAAAGAUGCCGGCAUCAGGACUUUGGUUAUGCUGGAUGAGCAGGGAGAGCAACUCGAUCGUGUUGAAGAUGGCAUGAACCAUAUCAACCAAGACAUGAAGGAAGCCGAGAAAAAUUUAAAAGAUUUAGGGAAAUGCUGUGGGCUUUUCAUAUGUCCAUGUAACAAAAUGAAGAGCGGAGCCAGCAAGGCCUGGGGGAACAACCAGGAUGGGGUGGUGGCCAGCCAGCCUGCCCGUGUUGUGGACGAGCGUGAACAGAUGGCCAUCAGUGGAGGCUUCAUCCGCAGGGUAACAGAUGAUGCCAGGGAAAAUGAGAUGGAUGAGAACCUGGAGCAGGUGGGUGGCAUCAUCGGUAAUCUGCGCCACAUGGCCCUGGACAUGGGCAACGAGAUCGACACCCAGAACCGCCAGAUCGACAGGAUCAUGGAGAAGGCUGAUUCCAACAAGACCAGGAUUGACGAGGCCAACCAGCGCGCCACAAAGAUGCUGGGCAGUGGCUAAACGCCCUGACCCCAGAGCGUGAUCGUCCCGGCGUUCCGUGCCGCACGUCGACAGGCGCUGACAUGCUUUCAUCAUGGUAUUGACCUUCUAGGUUUGCACACAUGCACAUAUCACCUCCCUUCCCCAUUGUAAAUGUUGUUCUGUGUGUCGUCUGUCGAGCUUUUUCAAGAUGAUUGUCCUCGUAAAAAGAUGAUUUCUUAUACUCCGUAUAUUAUUCUUUCCAAAGGUUGUAUAUAGUGCUGACUUGAUGGCUCUUUAGCUCACCUGUGAAGUUUUUAUUCUCUUUAUCAAUAUAUAUAUAUCAUAUAUUAUUAUAUAUCAUAUAUAAUAUAUAUAUAUAUGAAAGUACACUGCUCUGGAUGACAAGUAUAUAAUAGGAAUGCUAUACAAGCUAUUUCUUUUUCUUUUUCUUUCAGUAUCUCAGUAUCGUCUUAGUAAAACUGUGUCAUUCCAUUUAGGCUACUGUCAUGCUCCUUAUUUUGGUGUUGUCAUGACAAAAUGGAGAAGACUGAUGGAAAAACAUGAGUAAAGAUUUACUGAGUGGCACUACAGAUGAAUCGGAUUGCAAAGAGCACUUACAAUCAAAGGGCAGUCGUUGGUGCAUUUUCCUUCAUCGCAAUCAUACUGAGUUACUGUUUAGACAAUGUGCAACUAGACUCUCUGUAGCUGUAUUAGACAUUGCAUUCCAAGUGGUGUGAAUUGUGCGUUCUUUGCAUGACAAAUGGUAGAUUUUAGUCUUAUAAAUAAAACCUGUCUGAAAAAUAUAUAUAAAAAAUGAUAACAUGGCAGUAGCAAAUUGACAAAACGCAUGCUCAGUAUUAGGACACAGUUGAUCGUUCCAUACUCCUGCAAGUUUGCAAUAGUGCCACUCUUUUUGUCUCGAUAAAUGUACCGACUGUGACCAUCUCGUUGUAAAAUAAUGCAAAAGGGAUCAAAAAAGUGAGAUAAAGAUGAAAAAAAUAUGAGGACUUGGGGUUGUAUUGCAAAAAAUGACCUGUUUUCUAAAUGAUUAUGCAGUUCAAUGAUGAAGAUGUUGAUUAUGUGCUGAAAGAUGAGGACUGGUUGUGUACUGUAACAUAGGUUUUGGAUGCUCUGAGAAAAAAAAUAAACGUUUGCAAUGUAAAGCAAAGACACAUAUUUCUGAGAGACCUUACUUUUAUAAGAAGACUGUAUCUGUAAGUUUAUUCUCCCCGUGUGGUUUGUUAUUGGUAAAAAUAAUGGUGACAUUGAAUAACAAUAACUAUACUCUGAAACAAAAAAUUACAUACAAAAGGGUUUUUUUGUUGCUUCUGUACUUUAGAGCUAUGCACACCAAAUCGCCAAAAUGUCAAGUAGUUAGAGUAAGGUGAUUAAAUACCUAAACCUGAAUGACACAGUAGGUUAACCCGUGAGAUUGAUGUCCUCAACGCAUGUAAUAUUAAAGACUCCCUCUCUGUAUCCUGUCAGUGUGUAAAGUGGUGGACAUUUUGUAGCUAGCUGAAUUGAUUAAAAGUAAUAAACCCUA